AUGGAGACCGAAGUGAGAGAGAGGGAACAGUGGAUGAAGAAAAGGGAAUAUAUUCUGGCAUCAGCAGGCAAUAUGGUGGGCCUGGGCAAUGUGUGGAGAUUCCCCUACCUGUGCUACAAGAACGGAGGAGGUGUCUUCCUGUUGCCUUACUGUUUCUUUGCUGUGCUGUGCGGCAUGCCACUCUUUCUGCUGGAGACUGUGAUCGGUCAGUACACACAAGAGGGCGCCAUCACCUGCUGGACCAAGCUCUGCCCGCUCGCACAGGGGUCUGGCUGUUCUAUCAUGGUGAUCCAGCUUUAUUCCAGACUCUACAGCAUUAUCCUGGCCUGGGCCCUGCUCUACCUCAUCUAUUGUUUCAGAGACCCUCUGCCCUGGGCCACCUGCAACAAUCCCUGGAACACAGACAGAUGUGUGGAUCUCACCUCCGCUAACUUGACGGCAACUCACAGUAGCAACCUGACAGUAAACUGGACAUCUGUAAAUCCCGCCAAGUCUUCAGCCUCUGAGUUCUGGGAGAGAGGAGUUUUGUCCAUGUCUGGGGGAAUAGAGGAGGUUGGUACAGUGAAGUGGGAGCUACUGCUGUGUCUCCUGGCCUGCUGGGUGGCCUGCUACUUCUGCGUCUGGAAAGGGGUCCGUUCCACCGGAAAGGUGGUGUAUUUCACGGCUGUGUUCCCCUAUGUGAUGCUGGCCAUCCUGCUGGUCAGGGGGUUGACACUGCCGGGAGCCUGGCAGGGUGUGGUCUACUACUUGUAUCCAGAUCCUUCUCGCCUAGCAGACUUUCAGGUGUGGAUGGAGGCUUGCAGCCAGGUCCUCUUCUCCUAUGGUGUUGCAUCAGGAACCUUAAUCACACUGGGCAGCUACAGCAAAGUCAAGAACAACUGUUACAAGGACAGUCUGUGGUUGUGUUUGCUCAAUAGUGGCACCAGCUUAGUUUCCGGCUUCGCAGUCUUCUCAGCUCUGGGCUUCAUGGCCCAAAAACAGGGAAUUCCCAUCAACAUGGUCGUCAAAUCAGGCCCUGGGCUGGCGUUCAUCGUGUUUCCUCAGGCUGUAGCCAUGAUGCCUCUGCCUCAGCUGUGGGCCGCGUGCUUCUUCAUUAUGCUCAUUCUGUUGGGACUGGACACACUGUUUGCAGGUUUGGAAACUAUUACUGCGUCAGUGAUUGACAUGUUCCCAGGACAGAUGCGAAGACCAUGGCGUAGAGAAAUCUUCCUCGUCUUCUUCUGCUCUAUCAGCUUCAUUGUACAGAUCUCUCUCACCACUCAGGGAGGAGUGUACCUGUUCCAGCUGGUGGAUUACUAUGGUGCCAGUGGCAUGUGUAUAUUAUUUGUGUGUGUGAUCCAGUGUGUGGCUGUUGGCUGGGCCUUUGGGGCUGAGCGGCUGUGUGAUGCGGUAGAAGAAAUGACUGGACAGAGGCCGUGGGUUGUUUUCAUACUGUGCUGGCGUUACAUCACCCCUCUGAUCUGCACUGUUUGCUUUGUCGGCUUCUUUCUGGACUACCAGCCCCUGACAUCAAGCGACGGCUAUGUGUACCCAAACUGGGCCUACAGUCUGGGAUGGGCCAUAGCCUUCUCCUCUGUGCUUACAGUCCCCAUCUUCGCUGUCGGCAAGAUGUGCGUCACAGAGGGCUCCUUCAGACAGCGUCUGUCGGUCCUGUGGCAUCCUGCUAGUGAUCCUGUUGGAUCACUAAAUGAAACAGAGAUGAAACCAAUGUCAGCCCCUUUCCCUGACCGGUUAUGAGUCCGUAUAAAUGUAAUUGUGGAUGUCUGUAUGUUAAAAGCUGCCAGAAGAAGAGCAUUCAAGAUUCAAGAUUCAAAGGCUUUAUUGUCAUACAGUAUGCACAAAAGCUACAGGGUGGUUGUUGGCAGUGAAACAACAAUGCAACAUAUACUUGAGACAUCAAAUUAAUAAAGGAAUUGGUAAAAAAAAUAUGCACAGAAUACGAUAAAACAGAAUGUAAAAUGUUAAAUACUGUAUACUGUAAUAUUAUAUAAAAAUGUGGAAUAAACAGAUGUAUGAACUGUAAACAUAUGUCAGCAGUGACACUUAAUGAUGAUACUCGUGUGAUGAGUCCAGGUCAGGUCCUCACUGAUGUGCACCCUGAGGAACAUGAAGCUGAUGAUGCUGAUGGAGGCGUGUCCCCCCCUCUGUUGCUUCCUUUAAUCCACAAUCAGCUCCUUAGUGUUGCUGAUGUUGAGAUGGAGGUUGUUGUCGUGAUGUUGCACAGGAGGCCGGUUUUCACGUCUGAUUAGAACUCCGGCCCCAGACCCUCGCUUUCUCCCUCGAUCCCCAGAUAAAGCAGCAGUAGGUAGCCAUGGAUACCCCCUAUUGUUUGCUGGUCAUGGGGGAAGUUUGCUGUCCACCAACAUGAUGUGCAGAAGUUGUUCGAUCAUAUUGUAUGAAACACUCGCUUGGGCUGUUCGCAUGUUGUGAAAAACAAACUAAAACAAUAAAAAUGCAGAUUUGGAGAGGAGCUCAAGACGUGGCAACCAUCCACGGUGCUAUCUUGACCAUCUUAUGCAUGUUACUUUAGUUAUGCUGUGGAGUUUUUUAUGUUUACAUUCUCUGUGUUUGUAUGCUUGAGGUCAAAUAAA